UGCAGUAUUUUUAGCAUUUACCAACACCGACCGUUUUUCGCCAAGCGUCCGCUAGAUUUUACUAUUUUUUUCCAUAAUUAUCAAAGAACUACGAUUUUCCAGUGAACGAAAAGCAAAAAAAGUCAAAGCUAACCACCCAACACAGCUCCUCUCAACCGAAAGUUGAGCCAAAACACCACAAGACAAGAGAAAAUCGCGGAAAACAGCGAGCGGCGGAUCUGAGGCGACGCCGAAUCUAAUACAGGAAACGAGGAUUCAAGUGGUGUGUCAAUCAAAUGUCGCGCAGCGUCAGAGCGGAGACCAGGAGCCGGGCCAAGGAUGACAUCAAGCGGGUCAUGCAGGCGGUGGACAAGGUGCGGCACUGGGAAAAGAAAUGGGUCACCAUCAGCGACACCACCAUGAAGAUCUACAAAUGGGUGCCCAUCUCAUCGGCCAGCGAAAAGAAAUCAAAACUCCAACAGCUGUCCGGUGGCGCCGGUGGCGGCGUCAAUGUAUCCGGUGGCGGUGGUGGCGGCGGCGUCGGCAGCGGCGGUGGUGGCGGCAAGCUCAGCGACAAGGAGAACUCCCAAAAGGGUACACCCACACCGCCCCAAAUCACGCCCAGCUAUGCGGGGCUCACAGCCGAGGAUUCCAACACCUGUUUCUCUGUCGUAUCGGACAGUCAGGGCGCCGACUUUGUAUCCAGUAUGCCCUUCUCGGAGGACUCCAACUCGCAGGGCAGCGACGGGCCGGUGAAGCGGCUGAAGACGAGCGACUAGCCCCAUAUUCGCGGCCCGAGCAGCGCCUACUGCAGCAGCAGCAGCAACUAACUAAGAGUCGCCACCAUUAUACAACUAAGUUUAGGUUUUUUUUUUGGUUAGCAACGACAUAUAUAGGAACCACACACCAGAUCGUGACCAGAUCAGAUCGCGAGUAUCUGCCUCAGCCCAAGACUUAAGCAAUUCUCCUAGAAAUCUAAAGAUAAUACCAGCUGGCCCCUCCCUCUUUCCGUCCCCCUAACCGCCUUUCAGCUCACAAAGCAUUAUGUAUUCUCUUUUUUCCAGUGUGACUUGAAAGGCGGCUCAUGCCCGGUGGAAAGGGGGUGGCCAACUGUAAACACUCGAUAGGUCCAUAGAAUUAAUAAACAUUAUUUAUUAGCAGAACAAAUAAAA